CAGGGAUACGAGCUGCUGAGCCUGACAUCAUCGAUCGUCAUCCUGGACGGGCGAGGGCGGAAAAGCCACCGACGCGCGGCUUCCCUCGCUCGCUCUAGUGAUGUCGGUCGAUCAAUCUCUCUUGACCCUUGCACGACCUACUUAUACGACGACCUCCUCCUCCUCCUCCUCCUUCUUGCGAUCCCUCAACUCUUCUCGACUCCGCCUCCGCCGACUAGACAUCCAUAUAGAACGACAUGCCACCUAUCAAAGAACGCAAGCGUAUCGCCAUCGUUGGCUCGGGCGUGUCCGGCAUCGCCGCCCUCUGGGCCUUGAACGAACACUCGGAGCACGAGGUCAACAUCUACGAAGCUGGAGAUUAUGUAGGGGGUCACACGCAUACCGUGACGUUUGAACGUGAGGGCAAGGAGAGCGUCGAUGUGGAUACCGGAUUCAUCGUUUGCAACCCGCCAACGUACCCCAACUUCCUCUCCUUCCUCGCUCACAAAAAAGUCCGCACCAUCCCCACCUCGAUGACGUUUAGCGUCUCCCGCGACCUCGGCCUGUUCGAAUGGGCCGGCGACAACCUCUCGACCGUCUUCAUCCAGAGGAAGAACCUGUUGAAUCCUCGGUUGUGGAGGAUGUUGUUGGACGUCCUCAGGUUCAACCUCUUUGGGCUGGAUUUGGUAGAUGGUGACCAGACAGACGGGUCAAGAGGCACGGCCCAGAGCAAGAAGGAGGAUAGGGAAGAGGUGGAGAAGGAUAUGAGCAUCGGAGAGUAUCUGGAAAGGGGAGGGUAUGGGGAUGGGUUCAAAGAGGAUUACUUGUUGCCGAUGACAGCGGCCAUCUGGUCGACACCCGCCGACAAGGCUGCCCUGGACUUCCCGGCCAAGACGUUGGUCAGAUUUUUCCACAACCAUCAUCUCAUGCAGGUCGAUGGGAGGCCCAACUGGCUGACCGUCUCUGGAGGAUCGAAAAAGUACGUCGAGGCCGUGCUCGCAUCCCUGCCUAAGGAGAACUUGCACACCAACACUCCGAUCAAGAGUGUCACCCCCCACCCGGAUCUCGUCACCUUGGUCGAGGAGAGCGGGAAGGAGCAUCAGUACGAUUACGUGAUCAUGGCCACGCAUUCGGAUACCAGCUUGAGGUUACUCAAGGCGGGUGGAGGUGCGACCCGGGAGGAAGAGGACAUCUUGAGCUCGUUCGAGUGGAGCAAGAAUGAAGCCGUUUUGCAUUGGGACGAGCGGUUUAUGCCCAUCAGGCGAAGAGCGUGGUCGGCUUGGAACUAUCUGACGUCUUCUAACAAGCCGAGCAAAUCUCCCAAGGCUGCGGCUUCGGAUGUCAACACUGUAGCCUUGACCUAUAACAUGAAUGACCUGCAAAAGUUGCCCGUGGAAAGGCACGGACCCGUCUUGGUCACCCUGAAUCCUCCGUUCGAGGUGGAUGCUGCCAAGACGGUUGGGAGAUAUCAGUACGAGCAUCCCAUGUACAGCGCAGCGAGCGUUCGAGCACAGUCGCGACUGCCAGAGAUACAAAACGCCCGUCGAGUCACGUUUGCGGGUGCGUGGACAAACUACGGAUUCCACGAGGACGGAUUCACCUCUGGAUUGAAGCUCGCCGUCGACCAAUUUGGGGCCGAGAUUCCGUUCCCCAUCAGGCCGGCCGAUCGGGCGAUCAAGAAGGAACUCGUCGCGCGAGCGAUCGUCGCUGGGAUCGAACACGCUCGAGUCUUGAUGGCUUCCACCCCGCUAGCAAUGACUCUUAAUUGGCUGAUCUUGUACUUGUUGACCGCGAUUGUCCGUCUGGUCUCGCUGACCGGUCGCGGAGAUUGGGUCUCUGAGGCCGAGUCGGUAUGCGCAUUCUGGAGGCCACAGCAAGCCAAGGGUCAGAGAAAGAAAAUGCAAUAGACGAGGUGGAUCAUUGUUAUCAGAUGUGGGUUCACAAAAGGGUUGACAUGUAUUCGCUAGCUAGACGGUGUUCGAUCAAGUUCUCUCCUUCGUAAAGU